GACCGGUCGCAGCAGGGGCGCGCAGGCCGGCCCGUGGCUGGGUCGCGGGCUCGUUGCGGCUGUGCAAUUCACCGUCGCUGCGCUGCCCGUCCAAGACGAGAUGGACCCCACGAAGGCCGGCUCCCCGUUCAUGCAUGCCCAUCGUGCUCGUCUUGCGGCCUGGCUUCUCUUUUUCUUUCCGAGGCCCUGUUUCGCGCUCCUAGUCUCCUCACCGUGCAAUUUCUCCCUGGCCACUCGCAGCGCCCCCCUUCAGGCUCCAAUCCGCGCCGCACCAUAUAAUACCAGCGACGCCCCGGUAGGGCUACUACUCUUGUUUUACACGGUGCAUAACUACCUGCAUCCUCCUCCUGCACGACAUCUUUAUUUGCUCGCAUUCGCCUCUCUGCCUCUUUCUGCAUUCGUCCUCGACGCCUCUUCUUACUCCUACCCUUCACUAGCCACACCUUGUCUCAGUUGGGCCGUCACCUGUGUCUUUAAAUAGUCAUCAACCCCCUACCUAAGUACAUUCGCGUUUCCAAACCUCGAGACCACAGGAGAUAUCUACGUGACCGCCGGCUCUGUACUUCCUUACCGCCGACACCCGCAGAGGUACCUGAAGCUUUUUCCACCCUCGUCAACUCUUCCGGGACAAUCUAUUUCUAC